AUGUUCUACAUGGGCAACGAGCGUGACAAUGUCCGGCGCAUCCGGCUGGCCGAGUCGGUCGACGGGAGGACGUGGCGCGUCGAUCCGGAGUACGUGGUGGUGCCCGGCGACGUCGAGGGGCAGAACGUGUCGGCAGCCAACCUGUGGGAGUGGGAUGGGCAGCUGUAUGUGAUUUAUCAUGCAUCCAACGGGCAGGCUCUCGCGCGGACCAUUGACAGGACGCUGCGAAAUGUUGGGCAUGAGCCCAUCGUGCUGCACCAGAUGGCGAAUGAUGGUCGUGUUGCUUCGCCUCAGGUUGUUUACGCAAGACAACCAAACUUAUCUGUUCUACGAGUCUGGGGACCGGUUGAGUGCGACUAUUGCCUGGGCAAAGGCUUCCUAGGGCUGGGUUCAGGGUUAGAAGAAUAUACUACGUCAAUGCUGGCUUGCAGGGUUUGA